UCCUAUUGGAUAAAGCGUAAGCGGUCAUGUGACAGGCUGCCUGUGCCUGUGAGGGGCACGUAUGACAGAACGUUUAUGUGGUUCAGUUGUUGGUCGAACAUUCGGAGACACGGAAACAAGAGCACAUAGACGGUCGGAUGGAUCAAUGAAUUUAGAAAGGAAUGACUAUGGAGAAUGAUGAACUUCCGUCAGCGGAUGGGAUGGAUAAGCGUGGGACUAUAUCUGCUGGCUAGUGCGGCUGCUUUCUACUAUGUUUUCGAAAUCAACCAGAAGUACAACCGGCUAACAAUAGACAUGGUGGAACAGUCGCCUGGGAAGGCUGCGCCACCUGGCGAGCCGUCCUCAGCGUCACCCGCAUGGACUCACUGGUUAAACGUGCGGCUGCUGUCCUUUCCUUUUUGGGUAUGGGCUACCCUCUUACUUAUCCCAUACCUCCAGGUGUUCCUCUUCCUCUACUCCUGCACCCGUACGGACCCCAAAACCAUCGGUUACUGCAUCCUCCCCAUCUGUUUGGCAAUUCUCUGUAGUCGUCACCAGACGUUUGAAAAGGCGUCCAAUCAGAUCAGCCACCUGCAGCUGAUUGACACUUAACGGGAACAAUCAGAUUCAACCUCCAGGAUGUCUUUGAUUGACAAAUGGGCUGGUACAAAGCCAUGUGUUUCAGGUAGCUCAUUGGGUCAUCUCAUUUUGCAUGGUGGCUGCUCUCUGUCCUUCCAUUACAUUUUUUUUGUGGGAGUAUUACAAUAUGCAUAAUGCCGUAAUUCUUUUUUUUUUUUUACCAUGGUAGCUGGCGAUCCUUACAGCAGUAACCCUGUGCUAGUACAGCUUAAGAGUGUUGUAGCGAAGUAGCAACCAGCACCUGGCAACUGCAUUGCAGUGUGGAUCCUAUAUGGUGUGCUGAAGAGUAAUAUAUGCCAUGUUUGUUUCUAUCUUUACUACAAAUGGGGUAUUUGUGUUCAUCCCCACAGUGAACCAGUGUAGGGAAAGUGGUACAUAUUUCUUUACACCUAUUUAUGAGUUGAGUCCAAGUAGCAUUUAGCUGCUGGAUCUCUUUUGAUUUUAUUUAUUUGUUUCUGGGAUCUGGUGGCAUUUUCCUGUUUGUCACUUUUCUUUAACUGAAAGUACAGUAUCAAUUCUCAUGAGCUUAUGUCUUUUUGCACAUAAUGCUAAUUUCUUUCAAAAGGUCAUCAGCACACUUAACUGCUAUGUUAGAUUUGAAGAUCUACCCUAAAUAUGGCUUUCUAGAAUCAAUGGCAUUAUUAGUAUUAGUAUUGGAAAUCAGGAAACUUUACUACAUUCUGCUUUUUUACUGUAGUGAAUUACAGAAUGGUUUAUAACUGAGUCUGCGGACCAAAUAAUAUAGGUCACAUGAACUUCUAGGAUCAUUCUAAAAUUAAGGCAUUCUGAGUAUGCUGACUUGAUUUCCAUUGAGUACUUUCAUAUUUUUGACAGUGAUUUAAAUUAACAAUGUUUGCUUCCAACCAUAUCAGGUGGGAACAAUUCACUCACGUUUAUACUGGCAGUUCAAUUUUGACUUGAUGUCAACCCUUGUAUUCCCUCAUUAUUAUGUAUGUACAGGCUAUGAUUUUUCAUGAGGAAACCAGAGGAAGUUCUAUGUGUCCACUGUGCAGGAGACAGUGAAACUUCAGAUUUAUAAAUGGAACAGCCAUGUUUAACAUUCAAAUGCACUUUGUUAAUAAGUAUUACCUGUGUUUAUAGCUCUUUGUAAAAAUGUGUAUCUGUCUUUUUCACCACUGUCCAGCAGCCCUGGGAAGAAAACACAGUACAGAUGUACACCAAAGGCCCGAUGUCACAGAAAUGAACCCUGUAUUGAUGUUCUCUUUAUAUGCAGAAUGGAAAAGGCUGUUUUUAGUGGGUUUUUUUUUUUUUUGAGGCUGUAGUGCUCACUCAGUAGAAAAGGGCUUGUCUUGACACACACACACACCUUUUUUAACAAAGGGGAAAUGUUGCUGUAUGUCUUUUCGGCUUUUAAAAGAAAAUGCACUUUAGAUCAUUUAAUAAUGAUGCUGAAAUAAAAGUUACAAUCUGCAGAAAUAAAAUGUAUUAAGGGCAA